CGUGGUUUCCGCAAACAUCCGGGUUUCAGAAAAGUGGAAACAAAAAUUGCAACAAUGUUUUGACGCACAGCUGCGGCUUGUUUUUGACGCACGUCUUGCCGAACUUCUCCAUGCUGCUGAAACAUGAAGAUGGAGGUCGGCAGCUUGGUCUCACGCACAGAAGACAUCUCCGCGCUGUUCUCUGCGCAAACACCGAGCGCCAAACAUGAAGAUCUGAACGGCCGCUUCUCCGCCGUGAGGAAAGUGCGCGGAGACGGGAACUGCUUCUACAGAGCCUUCUGCUUCGCGCACCUGGAGUCGGUCCUGCACAAUGCCAGAGCUCUGCAGAGGUUCAAGGACAAGAUCAUCCACAGCGGAGAAGUUCUGGCUUCUGCGGGCUUUGAUGAGAAUUCCUUCAGGCACCACCUGACCACAGUCGUAAACGUGGUGGAGCGAUGCCAGGCCGAGGAGCAGGAGGACACGCUGCACCGGCUCCUCAACGAACCCGUGACCUCGGACGGCGUGGUGCAGUAUCUCAGGCUGCUCACGUCGGCGCACCUGCAGAACCACGCCGACUUCUUCUGCAACUUCGUGGAGGCGCCUGAUCUGCAGGUCUACUGUCGCCAAGAAGUGGAGGCCAUGGCGAUGGAGUGCGACCACGUGGACAUCCUGGCCCUGACACAGGCCCUGGACAUUUGCAUCCACAUCGUGUCCAUGGAGGGCGACGAGCAGCAGCUGGCCCACCACAUCAUUCCAGAGGGCGCCGAGCCGUCCCUGCAUCUCCUCUACCAGACGUCCCACUACAACAUCCUCUACCCGCGACCUCGGCUCUGACCAGCGGUGCAGCUCGACUCGGCUCAUCUCAGGAUAUUUGAAUAAACGGCGACGGGGCUCUGAGACACUUAUGAAAAGAGAUUUUUAUAAAAUCUUGCAGGUUACAGCAACUCGACAAAUACAAUAUUCGCACAAUGUGCAUUAAGUAUUAAAAGGAGUUUAGAUUUUUUUUCUUUUUUCAUGAA